AUGGUGGAUGAUCAGUUCUACACCACGCUCAUCCUCUCCAUCGUCAUCUUCGGCGGCGGCACCGCUCCCUUGGUCAAGUACUUGUACCGCCCCGAGGAUCGCUACGUGGCCUACAAGCGCCGCACUCUCCAGCACGCCAUCCCCGACGACGAGCUCCGCAUCCUUGCAUGCGUCCACGAGCAGGACAACGUCGUCCCCGUCCUCGCCCUUCUCGAUGCCUCCGGCCCCUCCCCUAACGCGCCCAUCUGCGUCUACCUCCUCCACCUCAUCCAGCUCGUCGGCCGUGCUGAUGCCGUCCUCCACCCCCACCGGCGCCACAAGAAGUCCUCCUCCGUGCCCGUCGUCUUUACGGAGUCGGACCACAUUGUCAACGCCUUCCAGUCGUUUGAGAAGCAACACCGGGAUGGCAUCUCGAUCAUCCCUUACAUCUGCAUCUCCCCUUACAGCACCAUGCACGACGACGUCUGCUCCCUCGCCCACGACAAGAAGGUCACCCUCGUCAUCGUCCCCUUCCACAAGCACUUUGGUGUUGACGGCAGCACCAGCUCCGCCAGCUCCGCUGUCCAGGCCGUCAACCUGAACGUCCUCCGUUACGCGCCCUGCUCCGUUGGCAUCCUCGUCGACAACGGGCUCUCCGACGCCGGGUCCCUGGUGCACCGCGUGGCGGUCUACUUCCUGGGCGGCCCCGACGACCGGGAGGCGCUGGCCUACGGCGCGCGCAUGGCGGAGCACGCAAGCGUCGAUCUGACGGUGGUGCGGUUCCUCCCGCCCAAGGAGUGGCGGGAGCAAGGGCGGGAUGAGAUAAUCGACGACCGGAUGCUGAUGCAGUUCCUGCGAGACAGGGUGGACGGCGACCGGGUGGUGUACAGGGAGGAGGUGGUGAAGGACGGGGAGAAGACGAUGGAGGUGAUCCGCGAGACGAGUCCCCAUUUCAGCCUGCUAAUCGUGGGGCGGAGGGCGGAGAAGGAGUCGCCAUUGACGGCGGCAAUGUCGAUGUGGAGCGAAUACCCGGAGCUGGGGGUCAUCGGCGACCUGCUGGCGUCGACAGACUUGGGCAGCCGAGCGUCCACGCUGGUGGUGCAGCAACAGGCGAGAGUGAUGGGACCGAUGGCGCGAUCAGCGCAUAGCCCCGUGAGCACCCCGAAGAAGAAACGGGUGGUGCCCCGACACGACGUCGACGGCGGCCGCUAA